AUGUCGGCUCCUGUCGGGCCCCGGGGCCGCCCGGCUCCCACCCCGGCGGCCUGUCAGCCGCCCCUGCAGCCCGAGAUGCCGGACCUCAGCCACCUCACGGAGGAGGAGAGGAAAAUCAUACUGGCCGUCAUGGAUCGGCAGAAGAAAGAAGAGGAGAAGGAGCAGUCCGUGCUGAAAAAACUGCAUCAGCAGUUUGAAAUGUAUAAGGAGCAGGUAAAGAAGAUGGGAGAAGAAUCACAACAACAACAAGAACAGAAGGGUGAUGCCCCAACCUGUGGUAUAUGCCACAAAACAAAGUUUGCUGAUGGAUGUGGCCAUAACUGUUCAUAUUGCCAAACAAAGUUCUGUGCUCGUUGUGGAGGUCGAGUGUCAUUACGCUCAAACAAGGUUAUGUGGGUAUGUAAUUUGUGCCGAAAACAACAAGAAAUCCUCACUAAAUCAGGAGCGUGGUUUUAUAAUAGUGGAUCUAAUACCCCACAGCAACCUGACCAAAAGGUUCUUCGAGGACUGAGAAAUGAGGAGGCUCCUCAGGAGAAGAAAGCAAAACUACAUGAGCAGGCCCAGUUCCAAGGACCCUCAGGUGACUUAUCUGUACCUGCAGUGGAGAAAAGUCGAUCUCAUGGGCUCACAAGACAGGAUUCUAUUAAAAAUGGGUCAGGCGUGAAGCACCAAAUUGCCAGUGACAUAGCUUCAGACAGGAAAAGGAGUCCAUCAGUGUCCAGAGAUCAGAAUAGAAGAUACGACCAACAGGAAGAAAGAGAGGAAUAUUCACAGUAUGCUACUUCGGAUAGCGCAAUGCCUAGAUCUCCAUCAGAUUAUGCUGAUAGGCGAUCACAACGUGAACCUCAGUUUUAUGAAGAAUCUGAUCAUUUAAGUUAUAGGGACUCCAACAGGAGAACUCAUAGGCAUUCCAAAGAAUAUAUUGUAGAUGAUGAGGAUGUGGAAAGCAGAGAUGAAUAUGAGAGACAAAGGAGAGAGGAGGAGUACCAGGCACGCUACAGAAGUGAUCCGAAUUUGGCUCGUUAUCCAGUCAAGCCACAACCCUAUGAAGAGCAAAUGCGUAUCCAUGCUGAAGUGUCCCGAGCACGGCAUGAGAGAAGGCAUAGUGAUGUUUCUUUGGCAAAUGCUGAACUGGAAGAUUCCAGGAUUUCUAUGCUAAGGAUGGACCGACCAUCGAGGCAAAGAUCUAUAUCUGAACGUAGAGCUGCCAUGGAAAAUCAGCGAUCUUAUUCAAUGGAAAGAACUCGAGAGGCUCAGGGACCAAGUCCUUACGCACAAAGGACCACAAACCAUAGUCCUCCUACCCCCCGGAGGAGUCCAAUACCCAUUGACAGAGCAGACAUGAGGCGUACUGACUCACUAAGGAAACAACACCACUUAGAUCCUAGCUCUGCUGUAAGGAAAACGAAACGAGAAAAAAUGGAAACGAUGUUAAGGAAUGAUUCUCUCAGUUCAGACCAGUCAGAGUCAGUGAGACCUCCACCACCAAAGCCUCAUAAAUCAAAGAAAGGAGGUAAAAUGCGCCAGGUUUCAUUGAGCAGUUCAGAGGAGGAAUUGGCUUCCACACCUGAGUAUACAAGUUGUGAUGAUGUUGAGAUUGAAAGUGAGAGUGUAAGUGAAAAAGGAGACAUGGAUUACAACUGGUUGGAUCAUACGUCUUGGCAUAGCAGUGAGGCAUCCCCAAUGUCUUUGCACCCUGUGACCUGGCAGCCAUCUAAAGAUGGAGAUCGUUUAAUUGGUCGUAUUUUAUUAAAUAAGCGUCUGAAAGAUGGAAGUGUACCUCGGGAUUCAGGAGCAAUGCUUGGCUUGAAGGUAUGUAAUAAAAUGUAUGAGAUUUUGGCUCUAUGCUCCUUUACAGAUUUACCAGAAAGAGAUAUACCUAGAAUACCUGAUAGCACACAUGCACAACUGGAGUCCAGUUCUAGCUCAUUUGAAUCUCAAAAAAUGGAUCGUCCUUCUAUUUCUGUUACCUCUCCCAUGAGUCCUGGCAUGUUGAGGGAUGUUCCACAGUUCUUAUCAGGACAACUUUCAAGCCAAAGCCUUAGUAGAAGAACAACGCCUUUUGUUCCUAGGGUUCAGAUAAAACUGUGGUUUGACAAGGUUGGUCACCAAUUAAUAGUUACAAUUUUGGGAGCAAAGGAUCUCCCUUCGAGGGAAGAUGGGAGGCCAAGGAAUCCUUAUGUUAAAAUUUACUUUCUUCCAGAUAGAAGUGAUAAAAACAAGAGAAGAACUAAAACAGUAAAGAAAACAUUAGAACCCAAAUGGAACCAAACAUUCAUUUAUUCUCCAGUCCACCGACGAGAAUUUCGGGAACGAAUGCUGGAGAUUACUCUUUGGGAUCAAGCUCGAGUUCGGGAGGAAGAAAGUGAAUUCUUAGGAGAGAUUUUAAUUGAAUUAGAAACAGCAUUAUUAGAUGAUGAACCACAUUGGUACAAACUUCAGACCCAUGAUGUCUCUUCAUUGCCACUUCCCCACCCUUCUCCAUAUAUGCCACGAAGACAACUCCAUGGAGAGAGCCCAACACGGAGGUUGCAAAGGUCAAAGAGAAUAAGUGAUAGUGAAGUCUCUGACUAUGACUGUGAUGAUGGAAUUGGUGUAGUAUCAGAUUAUCGACACAAUGGUCGAGAUCUUCAAAGCUCAACAUUAUCAGUGCCAGAACAAGUAAUGUCAUCAAACCAUUGUUCACCAUCAGGGUCUCCUCAUCGAGUAGAUGUUAUAGGAAGGACUAGAUCGUGGUCACCCAGUGUCCCUCCUCCACAAAGCCGGAAUGUAGAACAGGGACUUCGAGGGACACGCACCACUACUGGACAUUAUAAUACAAUUAGCCGAAUGGAUAGACAUCGUGUCAUGGAUGACCAUUAUUCUCCAGAUAGAGACAGGGAUUGUGAAGCAGCAGAUAGACAGCCAUAUCACAGAUCCAGAUCAACAGAACAGCGGCCUCUCCUUGAGCGGACCACCACCCGCUCCAGAUCCACUGAGCGUCCUGAUACAAACCUCAUGAGGUCGAUGCCUUCAUUAAUGACUGGAAGAUCUGCCCCUCCUUCACCUGCCUUAUCGAGGUCUCAUCCUCGUACUGGGUCUGUCCAGACAAGCCCAUCGAGUACUCCAGUGGCAGGACGAAGGGGCCGACAGCUUCCACAGCUUCCACCAAAGGGAACGUUGGAGAGAAGUGCUAUGGAUAUAGAGGAGAGAAAUCGCCAAAUGAAAAUUAACAAAUACAAACAGGUAGCCGGAUCAGAUCCCAGACUGGAACAAGAUUACCAUUCGAAGUAUCGAUCAGGAUGGGAUCCUCAUAGAGGGGCAGAUAAUAUUUCCAAUAAAUCUUCGGACAGUGAUGUAAGUGAUAUAUCUGCGGUUUCAAGGACUAGUAGUGCUUCUCGUUUCAGCAGCACAAGCUACAUGUCUGUCCAAUCAGAACGGCCAAGAGGAAACAAGAAAAUCAGUGUCUUUACAUCCAAAAUGCAAAGCAGACAAGUGGGCGUGUCAGGGAAGAACAUGACCAAAAGCACCAGCAUCAGUGGAGACAUGUGCUCGCUGGAGAAGAACGACGGCAGCCAGUCUGACACGGCAGUGGGUGCCUUGGGCACCAGCGGCAAAAAGCGGCGUUCUAGCAUUGGGGCCAAAAUGGUAGCUAUUGUGGGUCUCUCACGGAAAAGUCGCAGCGCUUCUCAGCUCAGCCAGACGG